AUGCUUGCAUUGAUAUUACUUGUACGUAGCGUGCUGAGUCAAAAUUUGAAGAUUGAAGAUCUUUGCCAAUUCAUAGCAGACGAUUUUACUCCCGAGGUUUUUGAGGGACAAAAUCGAGCAGAUGCAAAUAAAGCCAUGAAAGCAAUAUUUUCGCUUUCUAAUAAGAACCUAGUAAACCAAGCCUAUGGAAUUAACUCUGAGGUCUACGAUAAAAUUAUGGACACAAUCAGACAGGUCUCCGAUUUCAAUCCAUCUUCUGUUUAUAAGAAGGUAACGAAUCUGAAAAUCUUGCCAUCAAAUACAGACCUAAAAGCUUUUGGAAAUCAGACAAACUCUGUCGUUUUUUAUUGUGGAUUUACAGGG